AUGAAACUUCAAAUUGAUCAAAUUGAAUCAUUUGAUACAUGGCUUUCUCAAGCUGAACAACGUAUAACAUCACAAUUAGAAAUUAUGGAACAAAAUUUACCCGGUGUUGAUCGUCAAUAUCGUCAAUUAGCUCAAUUACAAGAUGAACUUGUUGCACAACAACAAAUGACUGAAUCAUUACAAAAUAUGGUUAUUGUUAUUGAUGAUUCAGCAACAAAUGGUACAAAUAGUUUACCACCAAAAUAUACAUCAAUGGAUGUUGAAGCUAAAUUAUUAAAUUUAAGUGAACGUUGGGCAAAAAUAUGUACGUUUGUACAAAAUCGUUGGAUACAAUUACAAGAAGUUAAAAUUGAAUUUGAACAAAUUGAAUUACAUCGAGACAAAGUUAAUCGAUGGUUAACACGUAAAGAAGAUGAAGUUACUAGAAUGUUAGCAGAAACAAAUAUGAAUGAUGCCGAUGUACUUAUGCAACAAGCUCAUUCAAUUAAGGUAAUAUUAACUUUCAACAAAAAUAAAUAUAUAUUGUUAUAACAAUAAAUUAGAAGAUCUAAUAAAAACAAAACAAAAAUUAGACUUUAUUUAUCUGAAAAGAAAAUCAUAACAAAUCUUUUUCUUCAUUCUUGAAAUUCAUAUUAGGGUUAAUAUGUCUUUUAAGUCAAAUUAUUACUGUUUUACUAAAUUUUCGACUGGAAUGGCAAGAUAAUAAAUUUUCAAUUAAACUCGAUAUUUUUUUCUUGUGACAUGCCGACAGAUGAACAUUCGUUUCGGCUUAAACUUCCAUGAUAUUCUAUAGAUCAUUAGAUCUAUUCAUAGAUUGAAUUUGAGUAAAAUAGUCAUAAUUCAGCUUCAGACACUCACGAGUACGAACCGUUUUACGAUUUUUUAUUAUCGUAUUGAGACCGUCUUAUAGGCUUAAUAGAAAUUCAAACAGAAGAUUACAACUGGGGCUGUUAUUUUGUCAGUAUUCAAUACCCACAUUUAGUCAGUGACAUCAAAACUGCACAUCCUUAAUCUAACGAGGAAACAUUCCCAGGUGUUGGAGCGAUUUUUAGUCGAGACUUUGCGCAUCUUGUAGGCCUUGAUGAAUUAUGUCUACCGUAAAAAAAGUUCGUGUCCCUAGCUUGUUCCUAGUGAGAUAUCGAGGUUUUAGUGAAUUUUUC